CAAAGACCGGGUCGGAGAGAGAGAGAGAGAACGCUCUUCAAUGCUUUACUCCAGAUCACCACGGACUCUUGGUCUGCUAUCCUCUCUUUGUGUGUGCAAGCCUCACACUGAAGGUUUGUUCACCGACUGCUUUGCACUAUAACAACGGCUGGAACUCCAUUUUGGAUACCGAAGGAAAAGGAAGAGAGUUCGCGGGCUGCAGCAAGCCCAUCUCGGCCGUGAUGAUGUUGCAGUGACAACGGAGCAUCCUCCCCUCACUCAGCCGGCAUCGUCAGCUGUUGCUCAUGCAUAGUGCAAGCAGAAAUGUCGGGAGCAACAGCAAAGGCCAAAAACUAUGCCACGGAUCUUUAGACGGAGGAGCUGUGCCAAUGGAGAAAGCUACUCCUCCGCCCCAGCCUCAGGUGCAGCUGUCUAUAGCCAAGACUGACAGUCCCGCAGAGGACAUCUCCGGCUUGUCCGAUGAGGACCUGCUCAAGUGGACCAAGGAGGACCUGGUGAGGCGUCUGAGGCGCUCCGAGGCUGACAAAAUGAGCGUGAUUCUGGACCACGGGAAUCUCAUCCGUGAGGUCAACCGCAGCCUACAGUUGCACUUGAACGAGAUCAGAGGGCUGAAGGACAUCAAUCAGAAGCUGCAGGAAGACAACCGUGAACUGCGGGACUUGUGCUGCUUCCUGGAUGAUGACCGCCAGAAGGGAAAGCGUGUGUCCAGGGAGUGGCAGCGUCUGGGCCGUUACAGCUCGAGCAUUAUGCGCAAAGAGGUGACCCUCUAUCUCCAGAAGCUCAAGGAACUAGAGCUGCGACAGGAGGAGGUUAUCCGUGAGAACAUGGAGCUAAAGGAACUCUGUCUCCUCCUGGAUGAGGAGAAAGGAAUAGUAAGUGGCAGCGGCGGAAGUGGCGGGAAUGUUGGGAUGGGAGUGGGGUCACGAAACUCCAUAGACAGCCAAAACAGUUUACUGCUGGUGCCUGGGCAAGGCCUCCUUAUGAGGGAUGUUGGGGAUGGAAGCAGUACCUCAAGUGCAGGGAGUGCCGACAGUUCAGAUCACCAUCAACAUAAGCACCUGGCUGUUGGAGGGGGCAGCCUUGGUAGUGCUGGGGAAAAAGGGAGUCCUGAGCUGGUGCAUAAACCGAGGUGUAGCAGCAUUAGUGCCAUAGGUGGAAUGGCGGACAGGGAGGCGUCGAGCCCCGAGCACCCUGCUGGGCGCCACCGGAGUACAAGUCUGGAGUACCCGUACACUUUACCCCAACUCUGUCGACCCCGCUGUGGCUCCAUAUCAGUGCCUGACCACAGUCGAGUCAUUCGGGGCCUGAGCCCGGAGAAAUACGGGAGGAACGUGGGACGAAACAGUCCAGACCAGCACCCCAAGCACUACAGCUCAGACCUCCACUUAGGCCAGAGGCAGCACUACCUGGGCCAGGGGGGCAGCGGUGACCUCUACCAGAGGCACCACAGGGGUAGCGUUAGCAGCACCGGUUGUGAGAGCCCCGAGUCACGCCAUGCACAUUUAGGGACCAGUGAACAUACCGAAAAGAGCUGUAUGGCCCAAGGGGGAAGUCCUGAAACUCAUAGGCACCAAUACAGCAUGAGCCCCGACCACGUGAAGUUUGGCAGCCCAGUGAGAGACGGCCAGAGGAGGUCGGCUGGGGAAGAGCUGUCACCGCAUCAUCGGAGCAUCUAUAACGGCAUGAAUGCUUUGAUAUCAGCCGGCUGCUGCACCAGCAACUGUAGAAAUGUCAAGCUAUGGGACAGCUUCGAUGCCUCCUCUUGACCUCACUGUGGUCAGCUCCUCGGAGGAAUGAGGAUCACAGCGGAAGAGCCUUUUCGUCUCCCUGGUCUCGAUUGCCACAAAGAGCCUGCGGUACCACGCUCCCAGGCUCCAGACGGUCUGCUGUCCAUCCACGGCCUCAUUCAUGUCUACAGCCCCUGAAAACAACCUGCCUUCACGUUCUCAUCUAGACAUAUUGAACGCUACGGAGAGGGGGGUGUUGGGGAAUAUGAUUAGUUGCGUUGUGUGCAAAAACUCUGCUGCAGAAAUAUCGAUUCGAGCGGAUGUCUCUCCCUGUCAAUUGUGACAUGGCUACCUCUCGGAGAGAACCCAGAGAGAGGGAUGCAUGCUGGUAGAUUGUUGUGGCGCAUUGAGAAUUUCAGAGGAAAUUGUGCAAAAAGUACAGCACAUGUACGCUACAAGCGGACGGUUUUCCUGACACAUCAACACGAGCCCCGUGCCGUUGUACGGUUGUACGGCACAGUGGACAUGCUGCACUGAACUGCUUUAUUCUGCCAUCGCUCUGGAGCCGUAAUCGGGGUUCAAGUUUCAUUUUCAGAUUUGCCGUGCUUUACUUUUUGUGCAAAAUCCUACAAAAUUCUCAUGAUAACGGGAAGGGUUGGGUUACGUUCUUUGUGUUUACAAGUGUAGCUCAUUGGUGGAGAAGUGCAUCAAGUCAGCUUGCUUGUUCUCAUUUCACAUUCUUCGUUUCUCAUUUCAGCGGUUCUCCUCUAGGGCUGGGCGAUGUGGACCUUAGCGCGAUAUUUUGGGGAUGCGACGAUAUAAUUUAAUCCAGAAGAGUCUUGUAUGAGCAGCUACAAACCUUAUCCCAAACCCAAACCCAUACCAUUAAAAAUAAUGACAUUAAAAGUAACAGGGGUGUAAUGAUUCAUUCACGACAUCAAUGCAUCGAUUUACAUUCCUACGAUUCAACUACAUCGAUAUGUGUUUAGCAUAUAUAUAUAUCGACAUAUAUAUCGAUCUAACAUCAUUUAAAAGGUAAUCCAUCGAUGGAAUCGAUACUCGGAAAUGAAGCAUUGGAUUCAAGCCCGGCAGGUUUUAUAUGAAUGUGCUUUUUUCAGCACUUUAAUGAUAAAGACGUUAAACGUCACAGUCCGCCUGUCGGUGACGUCUUCGUCUUCCGGGUAUGCGGUGGUCAUGGGAGUUGUAGUGCUUAGGGACGUCAUCAUCCAGCGCGGCGUGUCCAGGUCCAAACACAUAUGUAGGAAUGUCACGGAUACAAUCCCCGUAUUUUAGCGAUGCGCGCUCGAUUAGGAGAGUCCGUGGGGACGUCCUUAAAAAUGAUGUUUUUUCAUAUGAUAUCGCGUGUAUUUUCAUUCGUAUACGGAAACUUAUUACGUCCAACUUUAAGCCUUUCAAACUCAUGGAUCGGAGCUUCAGGACAAGAUAAAAGGCACGUAGGAUAGAAAUUCACUUCAAUCUGCAGAUGAAAUCUUAUUAAAGCCUGAUGGUGCGAAAUAUGCCCCGGAUUUACCGUGUACAUGCACUUAGUAGUGUGGCAGCAGCAUUUAUGACACUUGAUCUUCUUCCCUGCACUUUUUGAUGAUCAAAAAAAGUGUAAAUGGCUACUCUGGGGACUUUUGAAAGAAAUGUCACAGUCCAAGUUAUGAUGUAUUUCGUAGUACGGUUGUGCUUUUGUGCUUGCCGAGGUCCGUGGGUCGACCACAGCUUUUGUCUUGACUCGAUCUUAAAGCAAUAGGAACCAAAGGCACUAUCCCCCGCUAUGAAAUUUGCUUUAACUUCUUUAAUACUUAGGGGUGGAGAAGUGAAUGAGGUAUGAAAUUAAAGUUCAGCUCAUGUUUUAUCAGACAGAAUUAAUCACAUACUUAUUUUGACAUAUUUCAAAAUGUUACCAGACCACAUUCAUUUGCAUAAUGUCCCUCAUUGGGUGUGAAGUGCAGGUUUGGAUUGCACGAUUUAAAGUAAAUAAUUCAUCAUGGCAAGCUAUACCACCCUCUGUUCAUCCUGAUUUUGUAUUGCAUUUUUAACUCAUUUUUUGUACUCAUUGAUCAUUUAUUUUUCAGUAUGCCAGCAUUUUUAAUCAUUUAUACCUGAUUCCCUUACAAAAAACAAGGGGAAUCCAGGAAACCUCACCUGCACUGUCCAGUAUCCUUGCAUUUAUUUCACAGCCACGCUGGUUGAAUUUUGGGCUAAAAAGUUGCUGAAUCGAUUUAAAGUCACCGAAUCGUUUCGGAUCGUAUCCUUCUAUCGUAUCGGCAACCACGACUCGUGAUAGGAACUGAAUCGUUAUGAAAACGAAUCGUUACACCCCUAAAAGGUAAGCUUGCCUACGGCACCGUGUAGGGAGUGUCUAUUCCAGUUGUUGUUUUCCCAACAUGAGAUCCUCUGUCAGUAAUCACACACACUUGUUUCUUCUCAUCAAAGUCCCAUUCCUGGAGAAACUCCUUCAACUCACUUGCCAUGUUUUCACCUGUGUGUUCCUCCGGAAAAAAACCAUGGGUGGAGACAGGACGACUUCAAAGUCGCUGGUUAUGUAGCGGACCGACCGAAUCCACAUCUAUCGAGGUACCUCCGCGUUUAGCAACAAUUUGUUCUUCUAUUGUCUAAACUUCUCCGCCGCGUUCAGCCAUGCUCAUUUUCUCUCUUUUGGUUGUUUUGUUGUUUGCUCUGCUUUCUCUGCGGCCAUCGCUGGCGGUAGAUGCGUCAAUACGGAGCGCCGCGGCGCGUUUGAAAAUAUCAUUUCUACAGAUAUGCGUCGUUUUCUUGUCCUCGGAAGGAUUUCUCCCGUUUUAAAAAAGCCAUCGCCCAACCCUAGUCCCUUCCCUUCAUCGCCCUCAUUUUUUUUUGGAGCGUGUGAAAUAGGACUUCUGUAAUCUAAUGUUCAGCCUGUCCAUCUCGAAUCCAUCCUUUCCGAUGAAGUCUCGUUUCAACUGACCGUCAAAACAAAAGACUAAAAAAAAUGAAGACAAAAUAACUUUUCCUGUGUCUUAAACCGAGAUGGUCGUUCUAGCUGCUGAAAGAUGUUGUAGUUUGAUAAAAAUGCAAUGUUCAGGUGUCAUUUUGUUUUCUAUUUCUUUUCUCCUGCAAAGCGCCUAUAUUGAAGCUGGGAGCCAUGUUUUUUUGGUUUGUUUGUUUGUUUUUUACAAGAAAGCAAAGUCCAAGUAAAAUGUAGAUUAUUGGAUUAGUUUUCUAUAUAUAUCAAUAUAUAUAUAUAUAUAAAUAUAUAUAUAACUAUAUUAUGACCAUUAUUUUUGACUUCCAGGUAUUAGAACUAAUAUAUCGAGAUGUAUAAGCUAUAUAUCAAAUAAACAGACGUCUUUAUUUAAAAGGUGCAUUUCUACAAUUCUGAUUGGUGUGUGUGUGCUUGCGUGUUAAGUCCAUGCCGCACGAGACAAGGGGGGGGGUAUUCUGCGGAGCGAGUUUGGUGGGUUAGUGAGUUGUGUUGAGUGGAAAGCCGGACUUGCCUGUUCAGCGAAGGUAACUCUCCUUUAAAGCAGCUGUAUCGCCAUGGUAACUUAGGCUAACCUCAUAACCUGGUCAGGACCAGGCGUUACCAUUUAUUGAGAGCCUAAGGAGCCCGUGAGGGAACAUGGAGAAAACGGAAAAAAAGAGCCUUCCCUGAUGAUAGUAUAUUCGUCUAUGAGCGAGAGAUUUUCAUCUGAGGGAUGACGCUAGAUAUGCUCACUAUUUGAGGCGAGCGACAGGAAUAAAAUGCAAUGUGAAAUAGGAAUAAUGAGGCCGAUGUUAGCAGACGUACGUUAUAUGUAACAGCAGUCCAGUUAGUCUUCUUAUUUUACAAUAUUUGCUGGAGGAAUAAGGACUCUGAGGCAUCAACCAACUGGAAGAAAACACUUCUUUACUAUAACAAGGACAAAAAUUGUCACAGAUUAAAAAGGUCUCUGCAUGCUGGCAUGCCAGCGGUCCUCCCUCGCUCCAUUGACGGCGACAGUGUUGCCUUUAGCAGCCAUAAUCUUUUGGGAACUCCUCCUAACGCUCCAUAAUCCCUACUUGCUCAUCUUGUGUAAAAUGCACUGGCUGGGAUCGCUUCACUUUUCAGCGAAAGUAGAAUAAUAUGACGUCAAACGCCCCUCUUCGUGUGAACUUAGCGCAAAGCCGAAAAACGGACUUGACAAAGUAAGUUGAUAACCACCAUCGUGGGACCAAUUAAGUCUGAUUGCGGAGUUUAGGUUCUGUUGAGCUGCAUCUUGAGCACAAAGCCUGGGUUGCCUGAGCCGCUUUCGCAGAACACCCCAGAGAUCAGAGUCAGACUUACAUUACUUGUAAGUUUUAUUUCAGAUGUUUUGAAAAAUGACUCACCGUGUUCCAAAACAUGUGAUGUCAUCAUCUGAGCUUGUCUCAUCCUGCCAGAUGGGCGACAAUAGGGUCCACUCGGACAGGAUUUCCUCUGAAAUCAUUGAACUGGAACAGCAAGUUCCCCUUCCCGUGCAGUGAGCGCCUUCCAUUACAUCCUGUCCAAAUAACUGUACCUCAACAUCUGUGUCCUGGGAUCUCAGAUGCACCCACCACUUCAUUAGACACACUAACAAACUAACGCAAGCCAAUACUAAAAUGGUAAUGCUAGAUAAUGCAUUUAUUUACUCCACUGCAGAGUACAAGGAGUUUAUCUGAAGUCGGGGGUGAGCUUUAUUAGAGUACAGUGAAACCUCGGUUUGCUUAUGACCCGGUUAACGUGUUUUUCUAUUAAUGUUGAAAAUGUGCGCCUAAAUUUUCCCUCGGUUUGUGUACAUUUUCCAGUUAGCGUACAAUAUGUCUGCUGUGGCUCUGUAUUUAGCCGACUGUUGUCUACUGUGGGUUGCUACUAUGCUCCUACAGGCACAUAAACUUAUUUUCAACUCUCACAUGAGUAUACAACACCCUCUGCUGGUAGCAGUAGUAAAUACAAUAACAGACACAUACAACAGAGCGCCGAUAGAUCGCUCUGAUACACCACAAGGACACAGAACACAAUGCGCUUUCAUACGCUGUUAAAAAAAACAUGCAAAAUUGCACUCAAAAAAAAUUCCACACUUUCCGAAAAGUUCAACUUUUGUCUUGUCAGACCACAGAGUUUUUCUCAAAGGUCUUGGGGAUCAUCAAGAUGUUUUCUGGCAAAAUGGAGACAAGCCUUAAUGUUCUUUUUGUUCAGCAGUGGUUUUGGUCUUGGAACUCUGCCAUGCAGGCUGUUUUUGCCCAGCGUCUUCCUUAUGGUGGAGUCAUGAACACUGACCUAACUGGGGCAAGUGAGGCCUGCAGUUUUUUGGAUGUUGUUGUGGGGUCUUUUGAGUCGAGGCCGCGCUCUUGGGGUCAUUUUGGUUGGCUGGCCACUCCUGGGAUGGUUCAAAACUGUUUUAUGUUUUGGCCAUUUGUGGAUAAUGGCUCUCACUGUGGUUGGCUGGAGUCCCAAAGCUUUAGAAAUGGCUUUAUAACCUUUUCCACACUGAUCUCAAUUAAUCCCAGUUAUGUUUUAACAGGGGUGCAAUCACUUUUCCACACAGGGCCAUGUAGGUUUGGAUUUUUUUCUCCCUUAAUAAUAAAAAGUUUCAUUUAAAAACUGCAUUUUGUGUUCAGCUGUGUUGCCAUUGACUAAUAUUUGAAUUUGUUUGAUGAUCUGAAACAUUUAGAUGUGACAAACGUGAAAAAACAAUGUGGUUGAAUAUGGUCUGUUAGUCCAAAAAUCUGCAUUUUUAGGCAAAUUGUACACGUAAAUGUAUCAUUUUCAAGCAUAAAAAUGGCUAAAUGAACUAAGAUACAACUAUAAUCCGAUAAGAAACGGUUCCAAUUGUGACUUUAGUAUUCUACACUGGUCACUAUGGGUCAGCAAUCGCUUGGUGAGACAAGCACCAGACUUGAUUGCUGGAACAACAGGCUUUUAUUGCAUGUUUAUCUCGAAACAUGCACAAUAAUAAUAAGAAUACUAACAUAAUAAUAAUCAUAAUAAUGACCCGGACUACUGUUGCAGCCAUAACUCACAACCAGUUAAAACUCAACUCUACACCACUGAUGACACUUCCUGUCCACAUGUAUGAAUAUUUCAAGGCUCUAAUAAUAAUAAAAAUACUUCUUUAGAAGAUCGUAAACAGGUUUUCUAUACCAUAACUACAAAAAUACUCAAUUUAUAAAUCUCUGGUAAACUUUUACAGUGCGUAGCAGUAAGAAAUUAGGCCAUUUAAAUAACCAAAUCAAAGUUGUUUUCUCUUUCUGACUGGUUGUCCAUUGUGUUAAAGCUGCAGUCGGCUCUGGGAAAGCAAACUCCAGCUCAACUGGUUUGAUCUGUUUGCUCAAAGUGAUUCGAGUUGAGAAAAUCUCUUUGUGCUCAGCUGCUGUUUAAUUAGACGUUGUGACUCUGUGGGGUGCCAGGCGAGGGUAUCUUGCGAAUCUAGUGGAUGAUGGAAUUGAGUGAUAAUCAUCUCGGUAAAGCAGAAAUCUCAUUGCUGUGAAGAUUUGAACAACAGAAAAGAAAUCAUUUGAUGAUUAAACAUGUCGCCCUCAGUAGGUCCGCAUCCGGCCGCGACCUGCCCAUUUGCGGACCCUGACCUGAAUGUGAGACUCUUUCACUGUUCAGUUAGUUAAGUUAGCUGGCAAAUAGAGUUUUGACCAUCUAAUUAAGUGAAUAACUGGCAUUGCUGACCACAGUGUACGGUGGAGAAGUGAAUUUCAUUCGCACAUUUUUUAUGCGAUCGCUCCAUUUAAUUUAGUGAAAACCAGUGAUGGGCAGUAAAAUUCAUGGCUGGAGUCCUUUGGAGGUGUUUUUUUUUUAUUUGUCAAUACUGGUUGCUCAUUAAAAGGAUAAAAAGUCCCAUAAAAAUGUCUUUUAUGCGUUUGACUUGCUGCUCUGCUGGCUUGGAAAGAAGGCAGUGACAAGUACCUUCCAGUUUACGCACGCCCCCACCCUCUGAGGAUGAGACGAGUACUGCAGUGCUUCUGUGUAUUUUAUUGUCCGAUCAGAGUAGUCUUUUAUUUGAACAGUACGCGUAUUAUUAGCUGUAAGUUGUUUUUUUUAAUUAUUGCAGUUGGCAAAUUUGGCCAUGAAAUUGGCCAAAAAUUCUGUCUGACACCGUGGCCUUCAAAAUAACAGCAUUUUGUGUUAUUUUGGAUGUUAUGUUUUUGAAUUCCUGAUAUCCUUGAUUCACAUUUGAACAAUACAUUUGUUUCCCCCCUUCCAUUUGUCUGUUUUUAUCUUUUUUAAUAUAGGACAAGGUAACACUUUACAACAAGGUGCACAAAAUGACAGUAGUUAACCAGGAACGAACCUACUUAACCCUAACCACUGCUCACUAGUUACUCAUUAGUUCUUCAAUAGUUCCUCAGUAACUACUUUAAAUUUAUGUGCCUUCGUUCCUCAGUAACUACUGCACUCAUUAGUUCCUCAUUAGUUGUUCAUUAGUUCCUCAGUAAGUAGUCUAAAUGAAUGUGCUUUUGUUCCUCAGUAAGUACUCUACUCAUUAGUUCCUCAUUAGUUCUUCAUUAGUUUUUCAGUAACUAGUCUAAAUUUAUGUGCUUUAGUCAUUAGUUCCUCGUCAGUUCUUCAUUAGUUCCUCGUCAGUUCUUCAUUAGUUUUUGUAACUAGUCUAAAUUUAUGUGCCUUAGUCAUUAGUUCCUCGUCAGUUCUUCAUUAGUUUUUCAGUAACUAGUCUAAAUUUAUGUGCCGUAGUCAUUAGUUCCUCAUUAGUUCUUCAUUAGUUUUUCAGUAACUAAUCUAAAUGUAUGUGCCUUAGUCAUUAGUUACUCAUUAGUUCUUCAAUAGUUCCUCAGUAACUACUUUAAAUUUAUGUGCCUUCGUUCCUCAGUAACUACUGCACUCAUUAGUUCCUCAUUAGUUGUUCAUUAGUUCCUCAGUAAUUUGUCUAAAUGAAUGUGCUUUUGUUCCUCAGUAAGUACUCUACUCAUUAGUUCCUCAUUAGUUCUUCAUUAGUUUUUCAGUAACUAGUCUAAAUUUAUGUGCUUUAGUCAUUAGUUCCUCGUCAGUUCUUCAUUAGUUUUUGUAACUAGUCUAAAUUUAUGUGCCUUAGUCAUUAGUUCCUCGUCAGUUCUUCAUUAGUUUUUCAGUAACUAGUCUAAAUUUAUGUGCCGUAGUCAUUAGUUCCUCAUUAGUUCUUCAUUAGUUUUUCAGUAACUAAUCUAAAUGUAUGUGCCUUAGUCAUUAGUUACUCAUUAGUUCUUCAAUAGUUCCUCAGUAACUACUUUAAAUUUAUGUGCCUUCGUUCCUCAGUAACUACUGCACUCAUUAGUUCCUCAUUAGUUGUUCAUUAGUUCCUCAGUAAGUAGUCUAAAUUAAUGUGCUUUUGUUCCUCAGUAAGUACUCUACUCAUUAGUUCCUCGUCAGUUCUUCAUUAGUUUUUCAGUAACUAGUCUAAACUUAUGUGCCUUAGUCAUUAGUUCCUCGUCAGUUCUUCAUUAGUUUUUCAGUAACUAGUCUAAAUUUAUAUGCCUUAGUCAUUAGUUCCUUGUCAGUUCUUCAUUAGUUUUUCAGUAACUAGUCUAAAUUUAUGUGCCUUAGUCAUUAGUUCCUUGUCAGUUCAUUAGUUUUCAGUAACUAAUCUAAAUGUAUGUGCCUUAGUCAUUAGUUCCUCAUUAGUUUUUCAGUAACUAGUCUAAAUGUAUGUGCCUUAGUCAUUAGUUCCUCAUUAGUUCUUCAUUAGUUCCUCAGUAACGACUGUAUUUUUGUGUACCUUAUUGUAAAGUGUGACCUAAGACAAAAAAGGAGAAAAAUAUUCCUUUUUUAAGUAUUCUUCUGGAUUUAUGUCCAAAUGGAUACAUUUUUUUCUAUUUUACUGAUAAUUUUUGUUGUUUUACAUCAAAGGCCCAUUUGUUUAUUACAUAUCCAUAGCAUGAUGUCUGGCUUGACCAGCAAUGAUCACAAACGUGCCUUAGACUGUUUGAAAAAUGUCUUUGUGGAUGUUUGAAAUUUGUAUUUGCGUACCCCUGGACUGUAUUAUUAAAUUAGGCUGGAAAAACACAGAAUGAUUAAUUAUAUUAAUAUUACUGCAUAUGUAUUGGUGCUCCGGUCCAAGACUAAGGUCACAAGCAUGCUCAUCAGGGAGAUGCUUUUUGCCGAUGAUGCAGCAAUCUUGUCUCAUUCUGAGGUAGGACAUGAUGGACAACAUGGCGAGAGCUUGGAAGGAGUUUGGUGUUACGGUAAGUAUUAAGAAGACUGAGGUAAAGGGCGAGACUGCACCAAAUGAACCAGUGAUCACCGCAGAUGAAAAGGUCAACUCCUUUAAGUACCUUGGUUCAACCAUCACCAAGAGCCUAAGUCUUGCUAGAGAGUUCAACUCACUCAUCCAAGCUAUCAAAAAGACUGUGCACCAACAACCUUCACACUAAGCUCCAAGUUUAUUUUGCAUGCAUCAUCAGCAUGCUUACAUAUGCGUGUGAAACAUGGACCCCGUAUGCUAGGCGUGAGAAGAGACAGCUUCCACCGGCGCUGCCUCAGACGCAUUUUGGGUAUCUCAUGGGAGCAGAGGAUGGUCCUGGAGCAAGCCAACACAUGAAGCAUGCUUGCAAUGCUGAGGCGGCUGCGUUGGCCCGGUCAUGUUCACAGGAUGGCAACAUCCCGACUCCCACGUGCGAUGCUCUACGGCCAGAUCAAGACCACCAGGCCGACCGCUGAUGUGCUACCAAGACCUUUGGAAACAAGAUCUGCAGGAGGCUGGGAUUGGCAUAAAGGAAUGGCACACGAACGGGAAGCGUGGCGCCAUCUAGUGGCCUGUGGCAUGAAGGAAGCUGAAGAAAGGCGCCUUGAAUCCCAGAAAGAGAAGAGACAGAAGAGAAAAGAGCGUCAAGUAACAAGUCCAAGUCCAAAGGCCAUCACUCUUGGAUUGGACUUUUCAGUCAUAAUAGGAAAUAAAGAUAGAAACGCAUAACAACAAUUAAGCAGACCAUCGCCAACCCAAGGAUACCAAGGAAGAAGGGAUUAGUGCUGUUUAAAGAUAUGCAAUUGUCAAAAUGAUACUAUCUUACCUUACUGUUUGUGUGUGUGUGUGUGUGUGGCAGUGAUGUGUGGUGAGGUUCAUGGCUGGUGAGGUACUGACUCUUUUGGAAAUUUAAAAAAAAAUGUUAAUACAGGUUGCUCAU